AAUUGUUGCGGUCAUAUGUGUUUGUCAACCACGUGACCAUGAAAGAUCCUACGCCAAAUAAGUGAACAACUUAAGUAAAUGGGCCUAACUGGCAGAGACAAUUCAUGACAAAAUCUACCCAACAAAGGGACAACUAAACCCACUGAGGUUUUGGUUUCUCGUCGGGAUCGUCCAAAUGCUCGACAACGUUUCUUCAGCUUUCUUCGCGGUUCCAUGCCACAACUACCAUCUCAUUAACGAUCUCCUUCUUUCUUCAGCUCGCUCCAAAUCCACUGCUAAAGGACUUCAGCUUCAUGGUUAUAUCGUCAAAUCAGGCCUCUUUCUCAUCCCUCUCAUCGCUAACAAUCUCAUCAACUUCUAUUCCAAAUCCCAGCUCCCACUCGAUUCUCUCCGAGCUUUCGACGAAACCCAGCAAAAGAGCGCCACGACUUGGAGCUCCAUCAUCUCCUGCUUCGCCCAGAACGAGCUUCCAUGGAAGUCCCUCGACUUCCUCAGGAAAAUGAUGGCCGGGAACCUCCGCCCUGAUGAUCGUGUUCUCCCGUCGGCUACUAAGUCCUGUGCCAUUCUCAGUCGUUCUGAUGUGGGAAGAUCGGUUCACUGUCUCUCGAUGAAGAGUGGGUACGAGUCCGAUGUCUUCGUGGGGACUUCUCUUGUCGACAUGUAUGGGAAAUGUGGAGAGGUUGCUGAUGCGAGGAAGGUGUUCGACGAAAUGCCUCACAGAAAUGUUGUUACUUGGAGUGCGAUGAUUUAUGGGUAUGCACAGAUGGGUGAGAACGAGGAAGCUUUGUUGAUGUUUAAAGAAGCUUUGUUUGAUAAUCUUGAAGUCAAUGAUCACUCAUUUUCAAGUGUCAUCAGUGUCUGCGCUAACUCGACCCUUCUUGAGUUAGGCAGACAGGUUCAAGGUUUGUGUAUUAAGUCAAACUUCGACUCGUCUAGCUUCGUGGGAAGCUCUUUAGUCUCGUUGUAUUCAAAAUGUGGUGUUCUAGAAGGAGCUUAUCAAGCCUUCCGCGAGACCCCCGUGAAGAAUCUUGGGAUUUGGAACGCGAUGCUCAAGGCCUGUGCGCAACACUCGCACGUUCAACAAGUUAUAGAGUUGUUUAAGAAGAUGAAACGGUCUGGGUUGAAACCAAAUUUUAUAACUUUUCUGAACGUGCUCAAUGCUUGUAGCCAUGCGGGUUUGGUGGACGAAGGGAGGUACUACUUUGAUAUAAUGAAGGAAGAAUAUAGAAUCGAGCCGACGGAUAAGCAUUACGCUUCCUUGGUGGAUAUGUUGGCACGAGCUGGUAAGCUACAAGAAGCCCUCGAAGUCAUCACGAAUAUGCCUAUCGAUCCCACGGAAUCAGUGUGGGGAGCUUUACUCACGGGGUGUACACUCCACAAGAACACAGAGCUUGCAGCGUUUGCAGCAGACAAGGUCUUUGAACUAGGACCAGUGAGUUCCGGUAUGCACAUUUCGCUAUCCAAUGCUUAUGCAGCCGAUGGUAGAUUCGAAGACGCAGCCAAAGCUAGAAAGUUGCUUCGAGACAGAGGGGAGAAGAAGGAAACAGGACUAAGUUGGGUUGAAGAAAGGAACAGAGUUCAUACAUUUGCAGCUGGAGAGAGACGACACGAGAUGAGCAAGGAGAUCUACGAGAAGCUGGCUGAGUUAGGGGAAGAGAUGGAGAAAGUGGGUUACGUUGCAGACACGAGCUUUGUUCUGAGAGAAGUGGAUGGAGACGAGAAGAAUCAGACCAUCAGGUAUCAUAGCGAGAGGUUAGCUAUUGCUUUUGGGCUGAUCACGUUUCCGGCGGAUAGGCCGAUCAGGGUGAUUAAGAACCUGCGAGUGUGCGGGGAUUGUCAUAAUGCGAUCAAGUUCAUGUCGGUAUGUACGGGGCGAGUGAUCAUUGUGAGAGAUAACAAUCGGUUUCAUCGGUUCGAAGGUGGCAAGUGUUCUUGUAAUGACUAUUGGUGAAGGACAAAUGAGAAUUGGUUUAUAUUUUUAAACAUAACGGCUAGCGGGCGGCUUCUUCUUGUUCUUGAUCAGAUUUGUAGGACAAAAUCAUAAUGAUUUCGAAAUACCAUCAUAAUUGUUUUAUUA